AUACCCAAAAAGCAAGGUAAACAUAAGCCCAUUCUUACCUUGCUGACUGGGUCAUCAGUACUUGUCAGGGACUGUAAGUUUGAAAAGAGGCUUUGAUUCUGUAGGAAGGUGCUGUGGGAUUGGGAGAGAGACAGAUACUAGGCAUAUCUAGAAGCAUAAUCUUUUGAUGUGGUGGAAAAAUGUGAAAUUGUUCACUACAGCUGAUCUGGUAAGCAAGGUAAGCACUGUGCUCACCUUGCCUAUUGGAUAAUCUGCCCCUGAGCCUGGGGCACCUGAAUCCCUGGAUUCGGUUUGAGGGUCUGCUGCAGGCCAAGCCUUUAGUCAAGCAGCUGGUCACUUUGGCCAAGCUGAGCCUGUGUUUGGUGGAGUGCUUCAGGUACCUGGGAGGUCUGUUGCCAUUUUGAUGUCACAGCCAAGGGGCAAGAGCACCAGGCUUUUUGCCUAUGCUGAUUUUUUUAUUUAUGAGGACCUCCAACCAUUUGAUUAGCAGCCAAGCGCAUUAACUGUUUGUACCACCCAGGGACUUUGGGAUAUGGCGAUAAGAUGGAAUAAAUACGACAGGAGAGGGGCUUUGGGCAGACCAGUGAUUUGCCAUGAACUAGGAGUAUGCUUAACUCAAUCCUCUUUAUAUGGAAUCUCUUUCCCUGACUCCACCCUCUUCGCCCCUCCCUCACCCCCCAAAAGGUGACAGCCAACCUCAUACAGUCUCCUCCUUCCACCCCAGUCCUUUCAGUCAGUAUGACCAGGCAUGUUGUCUUCCAGGUGUUUCCCAAAGCACAAGAACAGGCACAGGUGCAAGAAUACCUCCCUGAACAGCCAACAGUGGAUAUUUGUGAGGAAGGGGCUGGACGACUUCAGGAAAGGCUGUCCCCCUUGCCAAGGUCUGAUCACGAAGGGCCCUCAGGAGGGCUUUCUUCCCUUGAUUUAUCACCAAGUUCCCCCACCUGUCCCCAAAACACGGGAGAACAAGCUGCCCAAGGAAGCAGCUGUGUUUGCCAAGCUCUCACCAGCCCAGCGAGCACGGAAGGCAUUUAUCGAGGACAUUGAAGCCCACCUGGCCAGGCAUCCCUUGGCCCUCUACCCGAAUCUGGAAGACGAUCUACCUGUAGAGCUCUUGUUAAAGGUACUGGAAGUGCUAGAUCCUGACAGGAAGCUGGAGGACACAUGGGCUUAUUGUCAGGACAUCAGGAAAAGGACGAAGGAACCCACAAAGCGUUUAAACAAAAAUUCCGCAGAAGUCUCUCCGAGACGCUCUAAGAAGCCUCCUGUGUCACAUUCAGGCAAGUGGGUUUAUGAAGAAAAGAAGCCAAGGGAAACAGAUACACUCCGUGAUCCUCCUCUUCAUGAAAAUAUACGCAAAGAAGUUGGUGACUUCUGCAACUGGGUUGCUACUCUUGGAAGUUCAACCAUUGAUGAAGAGUUCAUCCUGAAACAGUUUGACACUGAUUAUGGGAACAAACCAAGCAAUGAUGUGUUCCACAUGUUGAGACUAAACCAAGUUCCUUUGGAGCUAAAGUCUAAAGUGGGGCUAAAUAAACCACAGGAGCUAGAUUUUUCCUUCCAGGAACUAGACUGCAAGAGGAAACUCCAGAAGCCACAGAAUUCUUAUAAACCAGAGUGGGUGAAGAUAAGGUAUGGAGCAUGGUAUCUGAACACCAAGUUAUGGAAAAAGCAAAGAGCAGAUGAACCUUUGGUUGACCCCAAGAUCUUACUUCAAGCUCAAGAUGAGAAUGUAAAGAAGAAGCUGCAGGAAAAGGAAGACUUAUUUGAAGAGCUUCAUGGAACGGUUGCCUUUAAGGAUUUCAUUCUAAGCAGGGGCUACAGGAUGCCAAGUUUCCUUGAGAAGAUGUCUAUCAGGAAAGAAUGUAAAUGUGAGUGUAAUAAGACUCCUAUAAAGCAAUCUACAAAAACUAACUGAAGCAUAAAAGAAUCUUGGAAAGAUGGUUAGACAGUUUUUUUAUUUACUACAUACUUGACUACUUCUCUUCCCAUUUAAACAUUGAGCAGAAUUUUUGAUGACUACCUUACCAUGGCUAUACUGCUUUGACAAAGCAGCAUCCAUAAAUUUAACACCUAAUGCUUGUAAACAUUUGUCAAUAUCCUUCUUCUGUUAACUAAUAUUUCAUAUAUUUUAUCAACUAUGAUGCCAAUAUUCACACAUGAUCUCAUAUUUUUGUAGCACUAGGAAUAUAACAUAGUUAUAUCAAUUAUUUAUAAAA